AUGGGAGGACUUGUGGACUCAUCAUUCAAAUUACCCGAUAUUGUUUUCACAGAAACAAUAUUUUGCUAUUUUGCUAAAACAACUAUAAGUUUAAUCACUUUCAAUUUAUUGGAAGUCGAAUUAAGCUUUAAACAAUCACAUAAGAAAAUGAAUUGUAAGCUUGUUUCAUGGGUGAAACAAAAUCGCAGGAGGUCAAAGGUAGGAAAAUUCCUACUAAAGUUUUUAAAUAGGACCGAGUCACUGUGGUUACUUAACCCAGAUAGCAUCACUGAUGAGGAAAAUGCUAUUGGUUCAUAUUUUCUUUUCGCUAUAUUUCGUUUAAAACUCAAAGCAUGA